UAUUUGCUGGCAAAUACUCGGCUUUCGGUUUACUUUGAGUGCACAACCAGUUUUUGUUGUUGUUUUAAACUGUUUUUAUGCUGAUUACUUUGAGAUUACGCUGAGCCGGCACCAACGAAUCGAGUGAUCAUUCGACUGGUGGAAUUCUGUCAGGGAGAGGUGGACCAUUUUAUUCACCACGUGUGACAGUGGCGAAAAAGCAGGAAGAGGAGUGGACCACCUGGACGGAGGCAACGAGCGAUCAGGAGCAUUAUGGAGAUGAUGAUAAUGUGGUAUUCAUGAAGGACUCCAGGGAAGAGGCUACCGAUUCUGAGCUGUCAGUAUUGGCAAUGUCUCCAGUUGGUUCUGGCAGGCUACAAAUACUCUGGGAUAAUUUUAUUCACGCUAAACUACAAAGUUAUGAGAAAUCCUUGUGGCUCGAUAUAUUCCUGGCUGAAUUGCUAGUUCAAGUACAUCAUGGCAGAGACAUAAAAGAGAUUCUAUCAUUUUGCUCAGUAGGUGGUGGUGGAGUAUCAACUAUGGUAGCCUGUGAACUUCUCUUAGAUGUUCACGACUUGUGCUCAGCUCGUAAUGACGGCGGUGAAUUAAUUGAGGUCCAUAAAUAUCUAGUCCAGGGUCGUGGUUGGCGUUCGCUGUCAGUCCUUCAUCUUCUUGGUGUUCGUGGUUUGUCCUGCGGUCGACAACUCGUUGCCCUCCUCGUAGCCCUGUACCCCGUAUCCUCUCAAUUGUCGAGCCAACCGGCACCACCCAAUCCCUACAUCAAAUUCCACAGCAACGAUGACACCGUCGAUACAGUUGAGAUCAUUCCCCACACCACCAACAAGAAGAAAAAAAAUCGUAGUCGUACGAGUACAACGAGUGAAGCUCAGGUUUCACGUAAGCGUCAUCGAAGACACAGUGGUACAGGUCCAAGAGCCUCUCAAGGCCUGGGGGAUAAAGAUCCCUCGAAUCAAAAAGACAGCAGUGGAUCCGAGAUUCUCACUGAUGGAAUCGAUCAGGCGCGUUCCCUCACUCUCAAGAUUCGCCUCAAUCCAAUGGACUUUGAAUAUUUCACAUCGAUCGUCAGAUCUGAUGAGGAAAAUCACUGGCAAGGGCUAGCCCUGUACGAGCCACCACUUCGUCCAACUAAAAAAAUCCCCCAGGACUUCAUCGAUGAUCGGAUAAAAUCAGUGUUGGACACUAAAGUCAGUCAUUUCGAGACAAGUCUCUUGAUAAUUCAGCUACUCCAGGGGCUGAGGGACCUGGAAACACCAGCAGAACAGACACCAGCCGUUCAGGUCCUGAAAUUUGCACUGGAUACCCUCUGGUCACUUCAAUUCGGCAUAGAUGGGCCUAAUUUAACCGGAACUCAGUGUGCAACACUCAAAGCUGCAGCCGCUAGACUGAUGCUGGGGGCUCUCGAGAGAGUUCUCCGAGCUGAUGAGCCAACAACAGCUGUCAUUCACAAUGGUCUGUUGCCGAUGACUCUCAGACUCCUAGAGGAUGCCUGCAGCAAGCCAGUGGUAGUGAUGAGCCCCGAGGAGGGCUCUCACCUCCAAGAAUUCAUAUUCGCAACUACAUAUGGAAUCAUAACUUUUUUAUACUGUCUUCUGCAUCAGAGAGGAACUGCUGACAAAUUGAAAGACUUUCUGGAAUUAUUUCAACUGUUCACCGAAAGCCAAGAGGGAAAACUCGUGGAGAGAACUAUUCUCGCGAUAGUCGAUCUCCCGAGCAUUGAUCCCGAGAGGUCGAUGACUCGCGCGAGAAAGGUCGUUGACAUGAUUGGGGUUCUGAUAAGUGCCCUCAAACGAGUCAGGCAGGAAUUGUGUCACAUGGGCAAGUGCCGCAGAUCCAAGCACAGAGCAUGCGACAAUUUUACCGAGUCUUAUCACCACUUUGAUAUUUUUGGAAGUCCAUAUUCUCAGGCCAAAGUCGCAACUCUUGGACAACAGAUGUGUUGCAUUUCCUCUCUCUUUAUGGCACUCACAGCUCUCACCAGAGAGUCCAAUUCACUUCACGUUGAGCUCGAGGUGAGACUAUUGGAAGUUAUCACAGCUGCUGGCACAUGCUGUUGCUUUCCUCCUAAGAUCCUCUUGACUAGUGUCGUUGGCUGCAUGAAGAAGGGAAAUAUUCAGAUUUAUGGGGCUUGCAUUGCUCUCCUCGAGAGGUGUUUUUUCAAAGAAUUGGGAGCAUUUCCUGGAUAUGAUAUUUGCAAUACCUGCACUAAACCACUCAAUUAUUCGUGGGAAUUUUUGGAGCUUUAUCUAGGACUGUUGAAUCCAGAGGAUCCUAAUUUGUGUUACGUUGUGAUGUCGCAUUUGAUAAAAGUAACGCCUAAUGCUGGAUUUCACGUCAGACGUGAUUUACUCUUUCGGGUUUUUUAUCCGACAUUUCUCAGUGCUAAGAAGAAUCUUGAGAAGAGCACGGCCAAUGCAACAACUGAAUUUCUCAUCCAAACGUCUCUAUCCAUGAUCACCAGUCUCGUUGUCAAUGGGACAAUUUGCGAGAGAUUUGGAGAGAUCGGGGGUCUGGAAGAGUCCCUGAAACUUCUUCCCAAUCCUCUCUUCACGAGGAAUGUUUAUGGACUGCUGGAAAUGACUGUGAUAAUGGAAAUUUGGAAAUCCAUUGAGGACAAUGAGUGUGAACUGAGUGAUGGAGUUGCUGUCAAAGCACUUUUAGAUGCUCUCGAUAAAGAGAGCAGUGAACUCCUGGAGGUGUUUGAGAGCAUUAAAGAGCAGAAUAUCGAGGAAAUACUGGAGGAGCCGGUGGAUAAUACUUACUUCAAGUCGAAAAAAUUCCAGGAGAGGGAGAAGGAUAAGUCUGGGGAGGAAAUCAGUGUCAAGAGGAAUUUAUUGAAGACUGAGCUGUCGAAAUCUUUGGAGGAUAUCGUCAGGGGAGGCACCCUUGAGGAAUUGCAGAGGGUCAGUCUCUUUCAGGCUAGCGCUGCUUGGAGAGCAGCUGCUGGUGUUGUCUUGUGUAGUCCCAGAUUCAGGAAGGAAUUGCUGAAGAGUCCUGUCGCUGAAAAAUCGUUGAGACUGUUCAAAACUCUUGCUGUUUUCAUUGCAACAGAUCGCAUAAAAGAUGCCAGUAAAUCAGCUCACAGGCUCCUCGAGGCAUUAAUCACAUGCUGCUUGGCAUCACCAUUGUGUGAUUGCGAUGUGAUAACAGAACUUGGCAAGGCAUUGAUGAGUGCUGGAAUUAAAUUGGGGAGAGGAAUAGCAAUGCUUGUUGAAGGACUUCUCAGAGUAUCCAUGCUAAAACCCAGUCACGAACAGACCAUGCCACCACCAAUGAGACCAAGACUGCCAACAAUGACCUUGGAGACACUGCCAGAUUGCGGUGGGGAGGACAGCAGUACUGGAGAGUAUGUAACAGCUGAUGAUGGAUACGAGGCAGAUGUAGAGGUUCAGGGGAGAACACCUCAGAAUAGUUUACCCAGGAGGAGUAAUUCAUUGGGACCCAUCGUGGAGCCCAGGGGACAUGCCAAUGCUCAUCCCGCACUUUGUUCUCUUGCUGUUGACCUACUGAUCCACUUCAGUGAACAAGACUUAGACGGCGAGAGGAGUACAAUAAUAAGUGGAGGAUUGCGAAAAGUGGCUGUAAUCUGUCGGGAGAGUGCUUCAAGCUGUGCAGCACUAGCAGGAUCUGGAGUAAUAACAAAACUGUUGAAGGGUUUCGAGUCAAUUCUAAUCAGCAGAGAGCCAGAUCACCAGAACCUCCAGCACGCGGUCCUGGAGGUGUUUACAUUGCUGGCCAGCCAGUCGAUAUCCCCGACAGAACUGGUAACUUAUAUCUCGCUCUUUAAAGUCGACUCUCCUCCUCUCCUACCCCUUUUAGAGCCCCUGUGUCGUCUGGUUUUAACAUCAAAACCUCAACCAAAUUUUAUCCUCUCAUUUCCCAUAAUGUCCGAUGCUACAACCCCCAAGAGAAAUAUCAGAGAAGACGUGAGAAAUAUUGAGAAGGCUGAGAAUCUCGUUAACAAUUUCAAAAGAAAGCACACAGCAGCAGAAAUCUGCAGUCCCUGGUCGGUGCAUGCGAUGUGCCUUCCAGUGGGUCCAGAGCUGUCCUGGCCUGUGUGGCUGCACGGCUGUUCAGUAUCCAUGUGGCUGAGAGUCGAGAGAGGAUCAUCCACAUUAUCAGGACGAGGUGCAACCGUCUCGGUCUCACCUCUCCUGGAUUCUGACAGCGAGAUGUCAGAAUGGGGAGUCCUGACGGACAACUGGAGUCGAGAAGUUGUGGCAGGCUCUGCCUCACCUCCAGCUCCAGUCACAAUAAUUCACAUGAUGUCAAUAGGCUUUGAGUCUCUCGUCCUUGAGUCGUGGUUGGAUUUGAAAUCAGACAAACUCAUUCUUCGUCUCACACGUCCCGACGAUAAGACCAAUCGAACGAUUUCCGAGGCAUCGAUAAAUGGUCUCCUACCCUCGGGAAGAUGGCACCAUCUUGCCCUCAACUUCAAGGACACUGUCCUCAAUAAAAAGAGUGCAGUGGUGGAGGUGACCAUCUGGGUGGAUGGAUACAGAGAGGCCAGUGCCCAGUUGCCCUUCGAUGGUCUUCUAGUUCGUAAACCAGGAACUACAUGUGUUCUUCUGGGCCAGAAGGGACCGUCUGGGACUGGCGCCUGGUACCUGGGUAACCUCAUGGUCUUCCGAUGUCCAAUAUUCACGAAAGAACGCGCCCUGUAUCUCGCCAGUCUUGGCUCGAAUUACACAAAUCUAGCUGAAUGCAUUCUUAACUCAGUAAAACCUGAUUUUGCCCCUCUGAUAGCUGCAGGAGCUCUCAAUGGUAUACGGGAGGUGAAAUUCGAGGGUGGAAAAUUCGACACCAGCCGGAGAAAAUCGUAUGGAGGAACUUAUCUCAGACACAUUGUGGAGACAAAAGUAUCGGAUUCGAAAAUCGACUGGGAUGUCGUUAUGGACGCCACGAAUUCCCACCUGAGUCACCUUCAGGACAACAUAUUGAUCAGCUACGAGGCACAGAGUCCUCAUCUAGUGCAUUUGUAUCCACAGGCAGUUGCCAAUCCCAAUGCAGUAGUUAGGACCCUGUUUCCAGGUCAGCCAGGCUUCAGAGUUAUCUCAGCACCUGAACACAGGGUUUCUCAGCAGCCCCCACUCUCAAUUCCUCCAAUUGCUUCAUCGAGAUUAGAGUGCCAGCAAUACAGGGGACUGGUGCCAGCUGCAAGUUUAAUCGGUGGAAUGCCAGUAUUUCUAUAUCUCUUCGCGAGAAUCGUCGAGUUGAAUUCUACUGAAGAAGAGCAAGCCCUCGCACUCUCAAUUGUACUUCACCUGGCAAGAAGUGACUCUGACCUGCUGCAUCAGUAUCGAUCAGAGGGAGGACCAUCACUCCUGCUGAGGGUCCUAGAGAGUCCCAGAUGUCACGCAGGAAAACACAUUCUAAAAUCAAUCCUCGAUGCUGCCUGUGACACCUCAAUUCUCAUAAAAGACAUCAGCAGUGGGAACCACAUAAUUUCCCAGAAUUGUGAGGCAGUCAUAACUGAUCCUGAGUUGAUAAAAGUAUCGUUGGGUGCUUGGAGAACGUGGGCCAAAUUCGAUGCCCUUAAUCUAUUCCUUCAGGCAAUUCUUGUGCUCCUGAGGGAUCAGCACUCCCAGAGGGAAUUCAAUGCAGCCCAGUUCAAUCGUGUUGACAUAGUCGAGACUAUCUUACUCCUCUGCAAAGAGCACUUUAUGUACGAGGAUUCCUACGAACGCACUUUACUCGAACCAACGAGUGGCACAACAGUUGUCGAGCUGAUAAGAGCGCUAAUGGGAGCCCCUCCAGAAUUCGCUCAUCUAGUUGCAAUAACGGAUUAUCUGGUUCUAGUUCAUCAGGCGUCAGAGACUUACGUCACUCACUCGCGUCAUAAUAUUUAUUUUUUAUUGCCUCCCUUAGAUGAGAAGAGGCCACGCCUAAAAGUCUCGACGACAGCAGCAAUGACAACAGCAACAACAACAACGAGUUCGUCUGAUGAGUCAGUGAAUAAAUCAGAAGUGAGUAAAUUGAAUAAAGCACUGGCUAACGUGCAGAUUCAAAGAGAUCGAGCGACGAGAAGAAGAGAGAGGAGACACGGGGCCUCCAAAGAGACGAGUGCUGGUGAAGAUUCCGGAAUAGCUGCUAGUGAUGGCUCGAAUCAUCAGGUCAGUGAAAAAAAUUUAUCAUGGAGCGAUGAGAAACGAGUGUGUCAGGGACUAGUCUGUGAGGGACUUCUCCUGCUUCUCAGAGAUGCUGUCAGGGUUUUGCCUGACAGUCAAGUUGGCUCUGUCCUCAAACACGUACUUAGAGCUGAAAUUUUACUCGUUUUGGGUAAUAAUCCCGACACUAAAGUUCGAACUGCACUCGUUAAACUGGUACAGGCAUAUUUGCAGAGAGCCAGUGAUGAGGAGAUUAAUAAAUUUAUCAAGCAAAAGUAUUUUAUUCAUCUGGCAAAUCAAAUAGCCUUGUACCCAGCUUCUGAACCCCUAGCUGUCGCCCUGGAGACCUUGGCGACUAGGGGUCCAACACCAGCUGCUAUGCCACCUCUUUUGGCAAUGCUAUCACGAGCUUCUACCACUGAUCCCAAUAUUGCCAGGCCAAUGGUGUCUUUUAUCACUGAUAUCAUCUCUAAGAAUUCGAGUUCGUUGAAGAUAUUGCUUGAUCAGGGUCUGGCUGAGUCUCUAGCUAGAUCACUGGUGGGUGGUGCUCACAAAGGGAGCUCCACUUGUUUAUUCAACGACAUUCACAUUCUCCUCGUUGCAAUAGCUACGAAAUUACUGGAAUCCCCUGGAAGUCACCAUAUGCAGGCGAUCUCGGAUCUUCAUUUGAUCCUCAAUCACGUUGAGUUGAAUGAGAGACACAAAUGUGGAUCAGAUUCACCGUGCGUCACUGUUGUUCGCGAUGCCCAGGUGGUGCUUUUCGAUGGUGAACUCGAUUUUCUCAUGGCUAAAGUCUCAACUCACUCUGGUUUCAGAUUACGAAGUACUGCUUCGUAUCUGGCUUCUGCUUCUUACUUAACGUCAGUUCUCACGACUUCUAGUGAACAGAGUGAUCAUGAAUCUAGGUCUUCGAGUUAUGGAAGUCUUCAUGGGUCUAAUACAUCGGUGAGGGAACCCGGAAGAGGUGAAAUCAAUGAGAGAUUCAAAACUAUUAUUGUGAAAACCGUUGAAUUUCUCACGACAGCUGAUAAUUCACCUUCUAGCAGUGAAUUACAAUUGACGAAGAGAUUGUUUUCGAUGCUCUUACAUGGAUUAUCGACGAGUCCAUCAGACAAGAAGUACUGGGGCUCGUGGGGAUCGAGGCCCACUCUGAGAAAAAAUACAGCGAGAGUUAUGGUUUGGUUAUUAGGACCCCAUCAGAGCAAUAACACAAGAAUUUAUGCUGUCCGAUCUUUAAUGGAAGAGCCCAGGGGUCGAGAAAUUCUGUCAUCAUUGCUAGAGAUUCAUGCACAAGUCGAGCAGAAAUUUACAGUUUUCUUCUGGGAUCUACUUCAGAGGCGAGACGAAAUGCCAAGUGCAGACGCCCGAGUGUGCGCUGAAUUGAAAGAAGCUCUGAGUAUUUGGGAUCUUGUGAAAGGAAUUGAAAGAGCGACUCCGGGUCUCUGGGGAGAGGAGCUCACCCUCCUACGACGGGAAUUAAUGAGGGAAAGAGAUAUCUGGCUGGAGAAUAAUCUUCCAGCAAUUCAGAGAAUUGGAAAUAAAUUUGAUAUCCUCACGAGACAACUGACAGAGAGUGCAAUGACUAUUACAAGAACAGUUGUUGAGGAGCAGAAUCGAGAGAGAAAGACACUUAUGGAGACACUGAAGCACUCGAGGGCUUUGGAGGCGCAGGGGAUGGCUCGAUGGAGAGAUUUGGCGAGAAGAUUGACCCAUGAGAGGGCACCCUGGUACUUCCCUCAGUGCUACCCUCGGAGUUGGGAGCUCGAUCCAACGGAGGGGCCUGCGAGGGUAAGAAUAAGAAUGCAGAGGUGUCACUUGAAAAUUGAUAAAAGAUUCUUCACCAAUGAUCAUCAGGAGAAACUCGAAGCUGCCAAUGUCGAGGCACCUCUCUCCUAUCUCUUCAAUAAUGUACGUCAGGAUGCCAAUGCAACAGCUCUGAUUGAACGUCUCCACACAUCGGAGAGAAUCAGGAAGAUGUCACAGGCAAGAGUUGUGACACCUCAUGCAGAAUUACCUGGUGAAGCUCUCAUUGGAGAGACUUGUUUGUACUUUGUUCCUGAUCAACCGAAUAAUCCACUCCAUGGAGACAUUGCACUGGGAGGACUCGAUCUGGCAAUGGUGGGUGGAACUGCCUGGAGGCUGGAGGAUAUCAGAGAAUUGCAUCGACGAAGGUAUCAACUUCAGGAACGAGCAAUUGAGAUUUUCCUGGUCACUGGGAGGACUUAUCUCCUAGCUUUCAAUACUUCAAAGGAACGAGACGAAUUUGCUACUGAAUUGUCGACUUGUAAUUUACCGAGGCGUGUCCCAGGUGAUGAUUUGGGAGAGGCACUGGCUCUCUGGCGCAGUGGAGCCUUGACAAACUGGGAAUACAUCACGUGUUUGAAUAAAUUAGCUGGCAGGUCUUACAACGAUCUAAUGCAGUAUCCAGUCUUUCCUUUUGUCUUGGCUGAUUACACCAGUCAUAAAAUCGAUCUCAAUAAUUCCAAGAUUUAUCGGAAUUUCAAACGUCCCAUGGCUGUUCAAGACAAGAAGAACGAACAGCAUUACAUUAAAAAUUACAAUUACUUGAAGCAAGCAUUAGCUGAGGACAGUAAUCUCGUCGCUCUCAACCAAGGGCCAUUCCAUUACGGAUCUCAUUACAGCAAUUCUGGAACGGUUCUUCAUUUUCUCGUACGUCUUCCACCCUUUACCAGUAUGUUUUUGUGCUACCAGGAUAAUAAUUUCGAUAUUCCUGAUCGGACUUUUCACGCGGUAGCCACCACCUGGAGACUGACAAGUUGCGACUCGACGACAGACGUCAAAGAGUUGAUCCCCGAGUUCUUUUAUCUCCCCGAAUUCCUGCUGAAUUUUGAAGGCUUUAAUUUCGGUGUCAGACAGAAUAAUCAACGCGUGGGGGAUGUGGAGCUGCCUCCCUGGUGCGGAGGUGACGCGAGAUUAUUUAUUUUGUCGCAUCGAGCUGCUCUAGAAGCUGAUAUUGUGAGAGAGGUUCUGCCUUACUGGAUCGAUCUGGUUUUUGGAUUCAGACAGACUGGGAAACCAGCAGUGGAGGCAAUCAAUGUUUUUCAUCCUGCCACUUAUUACGGCUUUAAUGUCGAUCAGAUUGAGGAUCCAGCUGAGAGAGAGGCAUGGGAGACGAUGGUGAAGACUUAUGGCCAGACACCAGCCCAACUCUUCAGGGGUUCGCAUCCUCUGCCCAUUCCCAGUGUCUUAAAUUCAAUUCCUGCCAGCAGUGUUCCCCCAGUGAUUGAAGGAGUUGAUGGGAUCAAGUGGGGAAAUUACGUGGGAGCACCAGGAAAUGAACCUGUCCUCUGUUGGAAGAAUAAACAUCGAGCCCCAAUGGCAUCGCUCGUUCCACUUUCUACUGGGGAUGUAUUUGGCCUUUCUGUCUGCACAACUUUAUUACUGGGCUAUACCAAGGACAAGGGUAGCAAUAUGUUAAGUGCAACAUCGGUUUUGGGGGCUGCACUGGCCUCCUGGAGUGGAAAUGAUGGAAUUGUCAGGCUCAAAUGCAAAAAAGAACAGCCACCCAGACCUCUCAUAAAAAGCUCGGCUUUUGAUCCAAUAACUGUUCUCGGAUCUGCCGCUGAUUGUGGAGAAUUGUGGGUUGGGCAACUCUCGGGGAGAAUUACUGUGCAUUCCUAUAAUAUCGAGGCUGCUGGCAAAAUAGAAUUCGGUACGGGACCAGCGUCCGUUUUAUUGGCACACAGAUGUGCGGUUAGAGUUAUUGCCCUCUCCAGAGCAUUCAGCAUCGCUGUUAGUGGAGAUGAUGAAGGGGUCAUCGUCAUCUGGGAUUUGAACAGCUUAUCUUAUGUGAGAUCAAUAGUCUGUGAUGGUACACACAUGAUUAGUCUCCUGUCAAUCAGUGAAACACUGGGAGAUAUUGCAGUGACUUGUAAAUUAAAAGAGGAGAGCAAUGAUCAUCGAUCUGAAUUGCGUGUUUACACGAUUAAUGCUAGAGCCGUAGGAUCUGUCCUGUCCAGAAGGAGAAUAACAGCUUUGUGCUACAGCAAUGCACCUGAGGGUGUAUCUGUGAAUGUUAUAGCCACUGGACUGGAUAAUGGCGUGAUAAGACUGUGGAGUAGUUGGGAUCUGAGACUUGUUCGAGAAAUAGUUAAUGGUGGUAAAGGCUAUGGUGCAAUUAUUUCUAUAGCCUGGGCCCUUGAUCAGCAUCACCUCUAUGCAGCAACUGAAGACUCAACUGUAUUAAUCUGGGAGGGAAUGAGACGCCUCAGCAAUGGAACCCCAAAAUUCGUUAAUCUCACGUCACUCUAAUCAAAAAAUUCACUCAUAUUGCAGGAGUCCAAAUUACGUGAUAUAUAGGAUUAUUUGUUGUUUUAUCAAUAUUCGACUAUUGAGUCGUAUAAUCGACAUUAUCAAUUCCAGAGUCAUGUAUUUUUAAUAGUGAAAUCCAUCUCGUACUGAUUAAUUGUUAAUAUUCGUAUUCGAUUUAAGUGGUGAAAUGAUAAAGCGAGAUAGAUGAAAUAUUUAGUUAAUGGAAAAUUGAAAAAUAUUAAAUUCAAUUUAUCUCAAUUCACCAUUUCGCUACGAAUUAUAUCGAGCCAAAGCGUCGUUUCCAACGAAUCGUUGAUUAUUCUAAAUAAUUAUACCGAACAAAUAAAUCAAGCCGAGUCCUUUUUAAAAAUAUAAUUAAAGUAAUAAUUAAGAUACGUUUAUACUAUGAACAACGAUUUUAUCUACAAUAGUAUUAUUUUAUAAUGACUUUCUAUUCAUCAAUACUCGAUCGUGAUGCUUCUAGUGAUAGAUUUAUAAUUAUUAUAAUUGUUUAUCCUCUCUAUUUUUAUCCU